AUGCAACAAGCAUUUAGUGGUGUAGUUGAUAAUAAAACCACUUUAUGGAUGGGAGAAAUUGAACCUUGGAUGGACGAAAAUUUUUUAAGGCAAAUUUGGUACCAACUUGGUGAAAAUGUUAAUGUAAAAAUAAUUAGAGACAGAUUUACUGGUGCAAAUGCAGGUUAUUGUUUUGUAGAUUUUGUGAGCAAUGCUUCGGCAGUAAAAGCAUUGACCACAGUAAGCGGAGCAGCUAUUCCUGGUACUAAUCGAGUAUUCAAACUUAAUUGGGCAACAGGAGGCGGCUCAACAGAUAGAAAAGAUGAUCGUGGAGCAGAUUUUUCGGUAUUCGUUGAUCCAAUAAGUGGAAUAUCUAGAGAAAGUGAUCAACAACGUGCUCUUGUAGAAAUGCAAGGAGCACUUUGUGGAAAUCGACCAAUACGAAUUUCCACGGCAACUCCUAAAAAUAAACUUUUAUUACAAGGUGGUCAUAUUCAACAAACAACUGCUCAAAAUCCAUCUUUUAAUAAAUAUGAUAAUGAUCCAAAUAACACUACAGUUUUUGUUGGAGGGAUUACUGGUGUUAAUGGUGAAGAAGAACUUAAAAGUUAUUUUCAAGGAUAUGGUGAAAUUAGAAAUGUAAAAAUUCCAAUCGGUAAAAGUUGCGGAUUUAUACAAUAUGUUAGUAGAGAAAGUGCUGAAACGGCUAUCAAUCAGAUGCAAAAUCAGAUUAUUGGUAAUUCAAGAGUACGAGUAUCAUGGGGUAGAACUCAAACAGAUAAAAAUACUGCAGUAAAUCGACCACAAUAUAAUACUUUUGGAGGUGUAUCGUCACCUUCAGCUUCAUACAAUAAUUCCUAUGUAUCAGCACUACCAUCACCACAAACAACAUUUCCUUCUCAAAUUCAGGUGAACUCAAUGGACCCCCUGGAUCCUAUUUCUGUUCAAUAUUUGAAUGAUCAUUAUAUUUCUAAUAAAGAAGCUUUAACUGAAAGAAUAGAUAUUAAUACAAAUAACUGUGGUAAGGAAAAGGUAAUGUUUGCCUUAACCGCAAUUAAGGGUGUUGGUCGUCGUUAUUCUAAUUUGGUUUGUAAAAAGGCUGAUGUCGAUCUAAAUAAAAGAGCUGGUGAAUUAUCCAAUGAAGAAUUGGAACGUAUUGUGACCAUUAUUCAAAAUCCUACACAAUACAAAAUCCCUGACUGGUUUCUCAAUAGACAAAAAGAUAUAGUUGAUGGAAAGAAUUCACAACUGUUGGCUAAUGGUCUUGAAAGUAAACUUCGUGAAGAUUUAGAAAGAUUAAAAAAGAUCCGUGCUCAUCGUGGUUUAAGACAUUAUUGGGGUUUACGUGUACGUGGUCAACAUACAAAGACUACAGGUAGACGCGGUAGAACUGUUGGUGUAUCUAAAAAGAAAGGUUAG